GAGACACGGGGGGAAAGGCAAAAAGCAUCUGAGCAGGGAGAAGGAACGGGAGUGUGAGACAGCUAUGAAAUUCAUCCAAGCUAUUUGCUUACUGCUUCUCUGUCCAGCUUUGAGCCUCAACACCAGACAAAGCUAUGAUGGGCUGGAAAGGAAGCUAAAGGAAGUCUUCAGUGAACGAAGCAGCAUCUUGCACCAGCUCUCCAAGACAUCAAAGGAGCUGGACAGCAUAAAGGGCAACCUUCAGUCGCUGAAGAAUGAUGACUCAGUGGCCAAGAAGGACGUGCAGAGGAUCCUGGAGCUCAGCCACAAACAGAGGGAGGAGAUGAAGUCCCUCCAGGCAGCCUUGCAGAAGCAGCUGGAUGAGGCAAAUGAGAGAGCCGAGAAGCAGCAGGCCACGAUCAAAUUUCUGAAAGUGGAGAUGGAGAAAAAAACCAAAAUCAUCAAGGAUCUACAGCAAGAGAACAAGAGCCUGAAAAACAAACUGCUCUCUGGAAACAAACUUUGCGAUGCCUAUGCUGAAGAGUCCAAAAAAAUCCAGGCUCAACUGAAAGAACUGCGGUACGGGAAAAAGGAUUUAAUUUUUAAGGGGCAGCAGCUAAUGGACUUGGAGCACAAGUUAACUAUUGCCAAGGAAGAACUGGAGAAGACUGCACUGGAUAAGGAGUCCCAGCUGAAGGCGCUGAAGGACACAGUUCACAUCUGCUUCUCAGCUGUCCUGCACAACCAGCCCAGCAGCAGUCACAGAUUUCCCACCUCCCCCACCCACUUGUUCAGAUACUCAUCACUCAUCAACAGCUCCAGAGUCACCUUUCAGCAGCCACAUGCCAAGGAUAUCUCCAGAGUUCAGAGAAUUGUCACAGCCAAUAAAUCACCCAUGAACAGUGGAGUAAUGAGGAGAGAGGAUGGUGGCGUUAAAGACUGCCAGAUGGAAAAGACUGGGGGCGACUGCUUCCAAAAUCAGACGGAGGAAUCCGCUCCGGAAAGUAAAAAGCUACCAGAGUCACAGCAGCAAAGGAGCCAAGCGCAGACUGGAAAAUUCAACACAAAGCUCUCAGACGACAGCGAGGAGGCAGAGGGAGGCAGUAGCAAAAAGACAAAGCCACAUAAAUACAACUGAGCGGACGGCAUAUCAUCCGAAAUGCAGAGCCUCCUGCAUUGCCUGAAGGAUCUUUCUAAGAGCACACACUUGCGCACUCUCACAAAACACACGUGCGCCCACACACACUCAUACACACACACACACACACACACACAUUUUUAAACACAUACACACGCAGCCACACAUACGCAUAUCAGCAUUGUUUGCAAAAGCUGAGACACUGGAAUUGUCAAAUUUCAAACUGUCAUCUGAAAACCUCCAUAGUAAAUGGCAUGCAUUCUAGAAAUUCUUUUUAAAAAGGUAGCAAUGGCACUGGUAACUUGUUUCAUGAUUGUUCAUUUGUUGUUUACUUAUCUGAGUUUUAUUCUGAGUGAGGACACUGCUUUCUAAAUGUGUGAUCUUUCUAGAAAAUUCCCUUUGCACUGGUGAGGUCUGACACUGUAUCCUGUGAUAAGUAUAAAUCAAUUGACAAAUAAAAAAAAAAUACUCCUACUACUAUUAUUACUACCACUACUACUACUACUACUACUACUACUACCCAACUUAGAAUAUUGUUUGUCACUCAUUGUAGCAAGGUUAAUUUACUCCUCCACAUUUUGAAAUAUAGAGGCUCAAGUUGGCUGGCCAACUGUUCAACAUUUAAUAUUUCAGCACUCUUUCUGCCUUUAACACUCCAGAGGCAAAGAGCCAAAGACUCACAAUGGGUCGUCUCCCUGAGAAUGUGCCAUGCACUGAGUAGUAACUCCUAGCUACAUGUA